AUGAAUGAAAAGGUUCGCAGUGCAGGUAUCUGCAUGGAUAAGGAAGAGGAGCUCAGUCACGAUGAUGAUGAUGAUGAUGAUGAUGAUGAUGAUGAUGAUGAUGAUGAUGAUGCUGAGGAUGAUGAUGGUGAGGAUGAUGAUGAUGAUGGUGGUGUUGAUUAUAUUUAUGAUGACGAUAAUGAUGAUGAUGAUGAUGAUGAUGAUGAUGAUGAUGAUGAUGAUGAUGGUUAA